UAACGUCGCGGGAGUAUUUUUCCGACGUCCAGCUAUAAAUCAACCAGUCGUUGGACUAUUUUGGACACAGUCACAUCUCCGCACCGGAGUCCACGCGCCGCCGAGACCCUGAACUUACAUCUGCUUUUAAGAUUAAACAUAAUGUCGGAGCAAAAACUUAGCUCGCAAGAAAUCUUUGCCCUCGAAGACAAAUAUGGAUGCCGCAACUACGCUCCUGUGCCCGUAGCCCUGUCCAGAGGCGAAGGCGUGUUCGUUUGGGACGUAGAAGGAAAGAAAUAUUUCGACUUUUUGAGCGCUUACUCCGCUGUUAACCAGGGACACUGCCACCCCAGGAUUGUGGCAGCUUUGAAGAAGCAGGCUGAAAAACUGACUCUUGUAUCGAGAGCGUUCUACUCAGACCAACUGGGCCAAUAUGAGAAGUUCAUGACUGAACUGCUAGGGUACGACCGUCUGCUGCCCAUGAACACGGGCGUGGAGGGCGGCGAGAGCGCCUGCAAGAUCGCGCGCAAGUGGGGAUAUGAAGUCAAGAAGAUCCCGGAGAACCAGGCGAAGAUUGUGUUCGCAACAGGCAACUUCUGGGGUCGCACGCUGUCGGCGUGCUCGUCUUCCUCGGACCCCAGCUGUUAUGGUGGGUUCGGACCUUUCAUGCCCGGGUUCAAACUCAUUCCUUACAAUGACAUUCCAGCUUUGGAGAAAGUGUUACAAGACCCCACAGUGGCCGCUUUCUUCGUGGAGCCGGUACAGGGCGAGGCCGGAGUCAUCAUCCCCGACGCCGGAUACCUGCGCAAGGUUCGGGAACUCUGCACCAAGUACAAUGUGCUGUGGAUUGAUGACGAAGUCCAAGCUGGAUUAGGUCGUACCGGCAGGCUGCUGGCGGUGGACCACGAGGGUCUGAAGCCGGACAUCGUGAUCCUGGGCAAGGCGCUUAGCGGCGGCAUGUUGCCUGUCUCAGCUGUGUUGACUAGUCAUCAAGUCAUGAAUGUAAUUACUCCCGGAACCCACGGUUCGACAUACGGCGGAAAUCCUUUGGCAUGCGCAGUUGCUAUGGAAGCUAUAAAGGUGUUACUGGAAGAGAAAUUGUCAGAAAAAGCGGCCAAGCUCGAGUUGGUGCUGCGUGAGGAGUUGGAGAAGAUCCCGAAGUCCAUGAUCACCUCCAUCAGGGGCAAGGGGCUUAUGUUCGCCAUUGACGUACAUGAAAAUUAUCCGGCAUACGACUUAGUUCUGAAGCUGCGUGAUGCCGGUUUGUUGACCAAGACCACGCACGGGCAGACCAUCAGAUUGGCCCCUCCUCUUGUCAUCACCGAGGAACAACUCCGCCAGGGAGCCGCCAUCAUCCGUGGAGUCUUUGAGAAGUUCAACAAAUAAACAACUCAAUUCCAUAGUCGUAAAGCCCAGAUGCCUUUACCAGCCCUCAUUGCGGAUGUAAAGGACAGAAACGUUCAAGACGUGCAGAACUGUUUCUUUAAUGUAAUCGGAGAUAUUGCAAAAGGUUUAAAAAGAAAAAUAUUUGUCUAUAUUCAUGGAAAUAAUAAGCACUGCGUUAGUGAGUACUUAUUACUUCGAUGUGAGUGAGUGAAGAACAGUUUGAUAGAACGGCCAUAAAUCAAAUAAUGUGACAGCUUAUCGCGUCACUGCUUUACGACUGCGUCGAGUACAAGAUGAGAAUAACAUCUUGGUGAUAAAAUGCGUUGCUAGCUCUGAUUUUUUUUAUGUUGGAGCGAGCAUAUCCAUGCAUUGCUCUUGCUGGCAAAAUGAGCAAGUGAUCUGACAAUGUGAUCAUUUUACAAUUAUAACAUAUCAGAUAUUAUAACUGUAUUACUUUAGAUGGCAAAAUAAAUUCUCAGUCUAGUCACACUGGUGUCGCAUAUGGGUGGAACCACUGUUCAGUUACAAGGCCAGAAAUGGCACUACAUGAUUUUGUCUAUCCUAGACUGUGAGUUCCUUGACUGUAUAAUGUUUAUAAUUUUUAAGCAUAUCAUAUUUUUAUACGAAUAAAAUCAAUAUUUGUGCAAUAA